CUUGUUUCUCUCUCCUUUUGGCAUUAUUUUUUCUCAUUAUACUUGUUUUCGUGCUUCCUAGAUUUGUACUCUAUCAGUACCUUUCAAAUUUUACGCGGUUGUUCAUAUGAAUGUGAUGUUUUUAGUUGUAGAAUCUCCAUUAUUUAUGGUUAAGUCAAGAUUGUGUAUAUAGAACAAAAUGAUAACUAUAUUGAAGCGUGUUGAAAAUCCCUUUUAUAUCAUCGAAUAUCUGAAUCUUGAUUGUCCAAGAAAUUUAAUACCAGACCCCACAGGCCUGGAGACAAACAUACCUACACACAAACACAUUGGAUUUGUGGGCGGGCCAAUGUUAGAAGAUGGUUAAAAUGUAUGGAAUAUGUGCUUGACUUUCGUGAUCUGUGUGAUUUUUUAAUCAAAAAUUGAAGCUUCCUGGGUAGUUUCUUGAUCACUGUUGACAUCUAUAAAAAAGAGAGGAAGUUGCCUGCCCUUGAUAAUCUCUAAAUCAGUUCUUUUUAGGCUGUGCGAAUCUUGAGUUUUUGAUGGUACUGAAACGGCAAUUUAGGGACGGGAGUGGGGAAAGUUCUGAACUUCCUGAUCGUGAAUUUAAUAAACGCCAGCAUUUUCUUGCAUCUGCUUUCGGAGAGCCGGAGAACGGUCAGGCUGUUCAAGAACUCGUGCUCAUAUUGGAACCCAUCUUUCGGAAUGUGGUGCGAGAAGAAGUUGAACGUGCAAUCAAUCCAUUGCUGAGACCCUCGCAAAAUCAAAUCGAGAGCUCUGGAUCAAGAACGUUGCAGCUGCGUUUUGACUGUGAAUUGCCUGGUACCAUUUUCACAGGCAAUAGGAUACUAUCUGAAGACAGAGUACCGGUCAAAGUUGCUCUGUAUGAUUCAGGUUCUAAGAACUUAAUAACAUCAGGGCCCUUAUCUUCACUACAGGUCGAUAUUGUUGUUCUUGAUGGUGAUUUUAGUCCCGAUGAUCAGAACAACUGGACAGAGAAAGAUUUUGUGAGUAAAAUUGUUCCGAAUAGGGAAGGAAAAAGGCCGUUGGUCACUGGAGAAUUGUCAGUCCAAUUGAAAGAGGGAGUAGGUUGUAUUGGUGAAGCCAGCUUCACUGAUAAUUCAAGCUGGAUUAGGAGUGGAAGAUUUAGGUUGGGUUUGAAACCGAAUGCUAAUUCCACUAUAAGGGAAGGAAUAAGCAAAGCCUUCAAAGUCAAAGAUCAUCGUGGAGAGUCAUACCAGAAACACUACCCUCCAUCCUUGGACGAUGAAGUAUGGCGCUUGGAGAAAAUAGCUAAAGGUGGUCCAUCCCAUAAACUGUUGGCUCAGAAUGAUAUAUUCUCUGUCAGAGACUUUUUGAGGUUGUACAUCACAGACCAGCCCUCAUUACGCUCCUUACUCAAAAUCUCAAACAAGAAGUGGGAUACAAUCAUCGGACAUGCUGCAACUUGCAAGUUGGACAACAAAUUUUACUACAUUAAUGCACAUGGGAUCAGGCUUUUGUUCAACUGCAUCUACGAUCUUGUAGGAGCUACUUUUGAUGGACAGAAUUACCUUCCCUUGAAUAAACUCGAUAUGAAUCAGAUGCAAAUUGUGGAGAAUCUGAAGCAGCAUGUUUAUAAAAACUUAAUGGAAUUGGUGCCCAUUGAUGACCAAUCGGCUGUUGACUACCCGAUGCUAUUGCCGAGUGUUGGAGCAGGCAAUUUUAACUAUCCUUCUUCAAGUAUGCAGAAUGCUAACUUUCCAGUUCUACAAGAAAUGCAGAUGAACCUUGCUCCUCCAACAACUUCACGACUAUAUAAUUACGAAGCCGAACAAGAAUAUAUUCCAACGAAAGGUUUCAAUAUAGUGCCGGGAAACAGUUUUGGAAUGAAUGUUUCUCACAGCGAAUCCUAUAUGGGAGCAGAUACUUGGGCUUCUGGAGGUAACUAUGCGGGCUUAUAUAUGUCAAUUAAUGAUCCAAGUGCCAAUAAUUUUCUGAUCGAGCCCUCAGCAUUCCGAGGGGAUGAUUUUCUGGGUUCAACUACCCAAGAAAUGGGCACCUUUUCCUCUAAUCCUGGAAUUUGUGUCCCCAGGAACAGAAAGCACAAAACAAGAUGGUGUAAGGUUCUGGCUGUAGUCAAGUGGUAUUUGGUUAAGAGGAGCGUGGCUGCAAGAAAAUAGUAGCGACCCUGCAGCUAUAUGUAGAUUUCUCUAGCUCCAUCCUCGGAAAAUGACCACAAAGUAUGGGAGUCAGAUCUUUAUCUCUAGCAAUAGAUUAUAUUUGUACAAUGAAUAAUGCUGUUUAGCACCAUUGGUAUACUUUAUGUGGCAGUAAUUAAAUUACAGGUUCAAUUGAAUGAAUUACAGGUUCAAUUAAAUGAAUCAUAUAAUUUCACAUUCAAUUGAACCUAUCACAUAAUGUCACAUAGACCGGUGUUCUAGUGCCGCUGGUGCUACAUAGCAUUAUUCUUAUAUAAUAGUCUAUAUAUCAAGAAUGGUAUAUUACCCUUUGUUAUGAAUAUGACCGAGGGAUAUUGUACAGAGUUUCUUGCGGUGAUAAGAUCAAGCAUUCGAGAAUAUUUGCCUGUGAAAAAAAUGGCAAAUAUCUAUGUUAAGCUUCCGGUUUUUGUCUUAGUCAACUUGGUACCAUGUUGUAUUGUUGUUAUGUGGUC